UGUUGCAGAGGCUGGACUCUGAUAAAACCAAGAUGGAAGUUUCUCAAGUUCUUGCGCUUGUUCUACUGGCUAUCCUGCCUUGCGUGCAGGGAAGUGAUUUAGUCGUAACAAAGAAAGUUUUCUUUGACAUCUCAAUUGGUGGAGAGCCAGCAGGAAAGAUAGUGAUUGGUUUGUUUGGAGAUGUUGUUCCAAAGACUACAGAAAACUUUGCUCAAUUGGCCUCGGGAAUCAAUGGGUAUGGUUUGAAGGGCAGCAACUUCCACCGAGUCAUCAAAGAUUUUAUGAUACAAGGUGGCGACUUUACUAACGCUGAUGGCACUGGUGGUAAAAGUAUCUAUGGGGAGAGGUUUGAGGAUGAAAACUUUGAUAUCAAGCACUAUGGAUCAGGAUGGGUCAGCAUGGCAAAUGCUGGUCGAAACACAAAUGGUUCUCAGUUUUUCAUCACCCUAAUCCAGACAGAAUGGCUAGAUGGUAAACAUGUAGUGUUUGGUAAAGUAUUAGAGGGUAUGAAUGUUGUACGUGCAAUUGAGGCCCAGCCCACUGACUCAAUGGAUCGACCAUUAGACAAAGCAGUCAUCACUGACUGUGGGGUUAUAGACAAUGACCCACGCAUCACUGUGGAGAAAACUCAUGCAGAGGAAUAAGUCAAUUUCAGGAUGAUAUCUGUAACUUAAGAGUGUGCUAGGGUUCAGGUUUCGUGUAAUUUUUCUAUUUACUUUUUAAGUAUAUUGACAUUUUGUAAAGAUGUUUAUCAGUCAAAGAUCAAAUAUGAAAUAUAUUUACAUACACCACCGGGUUGUUGACCGUACUGAAAUUCAGUUAAGAAGAAAUAUAUAGGAAUUAUUUGCUGUCGCACUUAAUAUGUUUCGCAAAGGAUAAGUGAUAUUUAGAUAAUCUUAUUGGCGAUGAGGUAUGACAGUGUUUUUGGUUUGAUAGCUAUGCUUCAGAGGUAUAAAAUGUUUAACAUGUACAUAUGAAUGGGUUACAGUUAUAGUAUGUUAUCAGAGCCAGUCUUGUAUAAUAUGGAAGCUUAUUUUAUUAGAAGAUGUAUGUGUCUGUUUCAUGAAGGAUCUGAAAAGUGUAUGUAAUGUUGGAUGAAUGAGAGAGCAGAAGCCCCAGCAAUUUAGGUUGAUUAUUUUCAAGUGAUAACCAUGACAGUCACAACAAGUCUUUCUAUACCUAAAAUAUAAAUGUUAUUUUGUCGGUAUCAAAAUUUGUUAUUGGAGUUAUCACCCAUUGUAUGCAAAAUUGUGUCCGUCCAUAACAAAUGUGGAUUUUUUACACGAGAAUGGUACAGUGUUUGAUUUGCUUGAAAAAUAUCUAGGAUUUUUAUUUGACCACUGAUCUGAAUUGAUAUUGUGUUCUUUAUACUUGCCAUGGACUACAAUGAUAAGAAUUUUGAAUGAGAAUUGCAUUUGUGAAAAUAUGUUUUAAAUGAUUUUUUAAGGAAGAUUAAGUAGAAUGUGUAAACAAUUUUCAUGAAAUAAAAGUUGACAGUU